AUGUGCGGCAUCACCGCGAGCAUUGCCCUUCCCCGGCGCAAAGUUGACGAACAUACUGCUAUUACCCACACCAACGGCAUCAACGGCGCCAAUGGCAUCAACGGCAUCAACAGCACCAAUGGCAUCAACGGCACCAAUGGCAUCAAUGGCAUCAACGGCACCAACGGCAUCAACGGGCACGCCGUCGGCCACACCACUGAGGUCCUUACCACCCAACUCCAAGCCUCCAUUGACACCAUCAACCACCGCGGACCUGAUGAAUCUGGAAUCUGGAUCAGUCCCGACGCCAGCAUCGGUCUCGGCCACUGCCGUCUCGCCAUCAACGAUCUCUCACCCAGCGGGACGCAGCCUCUGACCAGCGACUACGGGCAAAACGAGUCCACCACUGAGGUCCUUACCACCCAACUCCAAGCCUCCAUUGACACCAUCAACCACCGCGGACCUGAUGAAUCUGGAAUCUGGAUCAGUCCCGACGCCAGCAUCGGUCUCGGCCACUGCCGUCUCGCCAUCAACGAUCUCUCACCCAGCGGGACGCAGCCUCUGACCAGCGACGACGGGCAAAUCCACGCCGUCGUCAAUGGCGAGAUCUACGACCACGACCGGCUUCGGGACGUGUGCACCACCGAGCACGGCUACAAGUUCAACGGCGAGAGCGAUAGUGAGCUCGUCGUGGCGCUGUACAAAAUUCACGGGGCGCCGGCCUUCUUUGAGCACUUGCGUGGCGAAUUUGCUUUUGUGCUCCAUGACAACCGCGAGGCGAGCAAGAGGGUCAUCGCCGGACGUGACAGAUUUGGCAUCAAGCCGCUGGUGUGGACGGUCGUUGGCGGCCGGCUGCUGAUGGCGGCGGAGGCAAAAGCAUUUCGACCCAUGGGCUGGGAGCCCGAGUGGGAUGUCGGCGCCAUUGUAGAUAGCGGCUGGAUGAUGGAUGAAAGGACAUUGUUCAAGGGCGUGAGGAAGCUGUUGCCGGGGCAUUGGAUGGAGGUGAGCGAGGAGCAAGGGAUCAAGACGCGCAAGUACUGGGAUGCCGAAUACGAGGACAAGACCAGAGUGGAGACUCGCACCAUCGACGAGAUGGUCCUUGGAGUCCGCGAACGGCUCGUCGAGUCCAUCCGCCUGCGACUGCGCGCCGAUGUCCCUGUUGGCGUAUACCUCUCUGGCGGCAUCGACUCGUCGGCGGUCGCGGGCAUUGUGACGCAACUGGCCAAAGAGAAACACGUCAAGAUUGGCAACCAGGCGGCGUCAACACGGGUGGCCUGCUUCAGCGUGCGCUUUCCAGCAGAGUCAGGCUAUGAUGAAUCCAGUGUGGCAGAGCGCACAGCCGAGUGGCUCGGCGUCGAGGUCAUCAAAAAAGACGUCGACGAAGCCUCCCUCGCACGCGAUUUUGCCGACACGGCCUACCACUGCGAGCAUCACCACUUCGACCUCAACUGCGUUGCGAAAUUCGCCCUGUCAACAUUGCCUCGCGACCACGGCGUCAAGGUGGUCCUGACGGGCGAGGGCGCCGACGAGCACUUUUCCGGCUACCCAUACUUCACCCCGGACUUUCUCCGCGAGCCAGAGCUGUUCGCCGCUCGCCAGCGACUCCGUGCUGCGUGA